AUGGCUCGAGCGGCAGCAGAUACAACUUCCAAGGCGGCCGGUCAUGUCACUGCCCCCGCUCCGCCGCCUGCUGCUCUCUGCUCUGUCCCCUCCUCGCCAUCGCCUCCAUCAAUGCCGCCCUCUCAGGCUCUCACCGCCCACCGCCCAGCCGCUAUAUCCCACGCCCCAGCCCUCCUCCUCCUCCUCCACCAGUCCGCCUCCCCGCUCAUCGAGCCCUCUCUGCCGACCCGGUGCGCUGCCAUGGCGUCCACGGCGGAAGCGGCCGCCAUACUUUUCUCCAUGCGCGAGCCCGGACCCGUCCCUGACGACGGCGCCGCGCCGCCUGCCUCGGUUCCCGCGCGGCCGGACAUUGAUUUGAACAGGGCGGCCACCAAUGACGAGAGCGGCGGCUGGGCUGCCGAUCACUCGGUAAGGGGCGGUGAAAGCGCCGCCCACGGGUCCGCACCGGCUGCACUUGCUGAUUCCGCCAUGCCGGCACUGCCUGAAACGGCUCUGCACAAUCAAAUUGAAAAUGACACUCCACGGGGGAGGGCUGCAAAGCGUGCUAGGAGUAGGACUGACGAGGGAAGAGGAAGGCCACCAUCCAAGCAUGGAGGCAAGCGGUUCAGGGUUACUGAUGAUUUGCUGCAGACUGGCCAGGAUCAAAUCGGCAGUACGGCUCCACGAGGGAGGGCUGGAAGGGGAAGAGGAAGGCCGCCACCCAAACCCAGUGUGCAGACUGACCUGCCUCAGCAGGACCUCCCUCAACGUAUCGCUGGAGAGGCAACCGGUGCAGGUAGAGUGCAGCAAGACCAUGGUUUGAACAAGGAACCUGAGAGCGCAGCCAUGAUAACGCCACAACCUGAGAAGGCUGUUAAUCAUACCGCUAUAUGCGCUUGUUGCGGUGCCAGUUGCACUGAUGAAAGUGAAAGCCUGGAUUUGGAGCCUAGGGGAAAUGAACCCCUAGAAGUUACCACCAAAGACCAAGCCACUGCAAUGCCGCCAGUCCCAGAGAGGGUUGAUGUAGGCCCAGGGUAUAUAACUGGCAGAAAGUUAGGUCAAGGUGGCUCUGGCAAGGUCUAUGUUGGCAGACAAAUACCUGUUACUCUUGGAGGUCCAAGCAAGGAGGUUGCACUAAAAUUUGAGCUUCGAAGAAGCAAAGCAGGUAGCUAUGACCCCCCAUUUGAGUGGCAAGUCUAUCAGGCUCUCAAUGGUUGUUAUGGUAUACCAUCAGUACACCACAUGGGUUGCCAAGGAGACUACUGCAUUCUUGUAAUGGAUAUGCUUGGUCCAAGCCUCAAGGAUGUUUGGUAUUCACAGGGACAGGAGGUGACAUUUCAAAUGGGUGCUUGUAUUGCCAUUGAAGCCAUAUCAAUUCUUGAGAAGAUCCAUUCGAAAGGCUUUGUACAUGGUGAUGUGAAACCUGAAAACUUUUUGCUUGGUCAGCCUGGAUCAGCUGAUGAAAAGAAGAUUUUCCUGGUUGAUUUUGGUUUAGCAUCCAACUGGAAAAGGAACAUAGCGUCAUCCAACAUGCAUGUUCAAUAUGACCAGAGGCCAGGCAUUUUUAGGGGAACAGUUAGAUAUGCGAGUGUCCAUGCCCAUUUAGGUCGUACAAGCAGUAGGAGGGAUGAUUUGGAAUCUCUAGCAUACACCCUUAUGUUUUUAUUACGAGGAAGCUUACCAUGGAAAGGCAUUCAGGAAGAUAACAGGAGCUUUCUUGUUUGUAAGAAGAAAAUGGAAACUUCUCCAGAGAUGCUGUGUGAAUUCUGUCCUGAUCCAUUCAAACGUUUUGUUGAGAUGGUCACUACUAUGAAAUUUGAUGAAGUACCAAAUUACCGAAAACUUGUUUCUCUGUUUGAGGAUAUGAUUGAAGGACCUGCUUCAAGACCCAUCAGGAUCGAUGGAGCUCUAGAGGUUGGAAAUAAACGUGGGAGAAUGGUAGUAAAUCUUGAAGAAGAUGAACGUCCUAUGAAAAUAGUUCGGUCGGGGAACCCAGCAACUCAGUGGAUUUCGGUUUAUAAUGCUAGUUGGCCCACAAAGCAGCGAUACCACUACGAUAUAUCUAAUUCAAGGCUGCAUCAGUGUAUAGAAGAAGGUAAUGAAGCUGGCUUGUUGAUUAGUUGCGUAGCUUCUGCAACAAAUCUGUGGACUCUCGUCAUGGAUGCUGGGACCGAUUUUUCUUCUCAAGUUUACGAGGUUUCCCAAUUUUUCGUGCACAAGGAUUGGAUUAUGGAGCAGUGGAAUAAUAAGUUUUACAUAACAUCAAUAGCUGGAGCAACCAAUGGAAGCUCAUUGGUUGUAAUGUCCAGAGGAACUCCAUAUACACAGCAGGCAUACAAAGUCAGUGAAUAUUUUCCUUAUAACUGGAUCAAUAGAAAGUGGAAAGAAGGUUUUCAUGUCACAUCUAUGGGAACUGCCGGAAAUCGUUGGGUAGUUGUCAUGUCGAGGAAUGCGGGUUACUCUGACCAGGUUGUGGAGUUGGAUUUUGUGUAUCCGAGUGAAGGAAUCCACCGGCGAUGGGCGAGUGGUUACAGAAUAACUUCAUGUGCAGGCACGCCUGACCAAGCAGCUUUUAUCUUGAGCAUACCAAAGAGGAAGCCAAUGGAUGAGGCCCAGGAAACCCUUCGAACUUCUGCCUUCCCCAGCGACCGCAUGGUGAAGGAAAAAUGGGCGAAGAAGCUAUGCAUUAAUUCAGUAUGCUAUGGGCGAACCAAGUGUUGA